GAAAGAGCCCCCAUAGGCCAUAGCCAUUUUCUCCUCACAGCUACUGACACUUGAAAUUCUAAUAUUUAGUUGUGUCUUGCGAGUGGUGUGAGUCAUCAUGACGUUGAAGGCCACACUAGUACUACUCUUAAUAGUUGUUGCACUAGUCCUUCUAGCAACACCAACACCAACAAUUGCAGCAGAUGAUGGAAAUAAUCAAACCCUUGAAGGAUGCAGAAGCGACUGUGGUGGUGUCCGAGUUCCAUAUCCAUUUGGCAUAGGGAACUCAUCAUCCGUCCCCCAUAAAAGCUGUUUCUUGCAAAGUUCGUUUAAUCUUGCAUGCCCAAAUUCAACUUUAUACUGGGGAAAUAUCGAAGUCUUAGACAUAAAUAUUUCCCAGGCUAAAGUUGACAUGUCGAUUCCUAUCUCAAGUAUUUGUCGUGACGGUCGUAAUAAUUAUACAGGAGUUUCCAUAAAUACUCCUUCUUUCACCAUUUCUAGUGAAGACAACAAGUUCAUUAGUGUAGGUUGCGACACCUAUGGCUAUCUUUACAGCUCCUAUAAAGAGGAUAAUACAACAUAUGCAACAGGGUGCUUAACAAGAUGUUACGGCAGUUCUAGGGAAGUUGAGGAUGGACAUUGUUCUGGGAUUGGGUGUUGUCAGGUAGAUAUUCCGCCUAAAAUGAAGAUGACCUUUGUCAAGUCAUUUUCCUUUUACAAUUUCAACCAAACUUUGAGCUUCAACAACUGCAGCUAUUCUUUUGUUGUCAAAAAAGAAAACUACACAUUUUACAAGGAACACUUGAAGAAGCUGCCUUUCGAUGAAUUCCCUGUGGUGUUUGAUUGGAGUGUUGGAAAUAAAGAAACAUGUGAAGAUUCUCGGAAAAGAGGUACCAGUUAUGCUUGCAAGGGAAACACCACUUGUAAUGACUCUGUCCCUACUGGAUAUGGUUACAUAUGCCAAUGCAAUAAAGGUUUUCAAGGAAAUCCCUACCAUCCUCUUGGCUGCACAGACAUUGAUGAAUGUAAGACAGGACAACAUUCAUGUGUAAGUGAUCAUAAUUGUCACAAUACAAAUGGAUCCUACAUAUGCGUCUGUCCUAAGGGGCAAUCUGGAAAAGGUACCAAGGAAGAUGGUUGCCAGAAGAAAAAUUUCCUUCUGCAUAUUGUCAUUGGGGCUAGUGCAGGAUUUAUAGCUAUUUUGGUGGGGACUUGUUUGUUAUACCUAACGUAUCAAAAGAGAAAACUCAUCAAACUAAAAGAGAAGUUUUUUGAGCAGAACGGUGGUCUUAUUUUGCUACAACAAGGAGAAGAGUCCUCCCAUACUAAAAUUUUCACCGCUGACAAAUUGAAGAAAGCCACCAACAACUAUGACGAGAAUUUAAUCAUUGGCAGAGGAGGUUAUGGCACAGUUUUCAAAGGAGUUCUGGAAAAUAAAACAAUUGUUGCUAUCAAGAAGUCCAAAAUAGUUGAUCCUGACCAAGUUGUGCAAUUCAUAAAUGAGGUGAUUGUUUUGUCCCAAAUUAACCACAGAAAUGUGGUGAAGCUUUUGGGUUGUUGUUUAGAAACAGAAGUCCCUAUGCUAGUUUAUGAGUUUAUAAGCAAUGGCACACUCUUUGAUUUCAUCCAUAAUGAAAACAAGAGAAAUUAUUUCAAUUGGGAAAAUCGUCUCAGAAUCGCAACAGAGACAGCAGGAGCUUUAUCAUAUCUUCACUCAGCUGCUUCCAUUCCAAUUGUCCACAGAGAUGUUAAGAGCGCUAACAUUCUCUUAGACGAAGAUUACACUGCCAAAGUGUCUGACUUUGGAGCUUCUAGAUUUGUUCCAUUGGAUCAAACUGCACUAGCUACAAUGGUGCAAGGAACUUUUGGUUAUUUGGAUCCAGAGUACAUGCAGACUAGCCAACUAACCGAAAAAAGUGAUGUGUAUAGCUUUGGCGUUGUGCUCGCGGAGCUUCUUACAGGAAAGAAACCUUUUUCAUUUGAGAAGUCGGAAGAGAAGACAAAUCUUGCUAAGUACUUCUUAUCUUGCGUGAAAGAGGAUUGCUUGUUGGAGGCUCUUCAAGUUGGAAUAUUGAAUGAAGAAAAUAAGCAGGAGAUUGUGGAAGUUGCUAUUAUUGCAACAAAGUGUUUGAGACUUACAGGAGAAGAAAGACCAAGUAUGAAGGAAGUGGCAAUGGAAUUGGAGGGAAUAAGACUAAUGUCAAAGCACCACUGGGUUAAUAAUAAUGGAGACAAGAAUUUUGAAGAGACCCAGCACCUACUUCCUAUAUCAUCAUCGUCAGAAAGAUAUGAGCACGGUAAUAGCAGUAGUGGUCAGCAAACUACAGAAUAUGAUAGCAUCAUCAAGGAUCAAGAAGUGCUAAUUGCCUUACCAAGUGGAAGGUGAUAUUGCUAGUAUUGUGAUAGGUGAAGAUAACCAUGCAAAAUCUUGAUGGCCUCUCUUUCAUUUUAGAGAAAUGUUAUUUGUACACUAAAAUCAGCCACCAAUGUAUUUGUGUAUAAAUACAUAUAUGACUUAGUUCAUUUUCAACGUGUAUUUAUAUUUCAACAUAUAUUUUAUACUGGUGGGUGACUUUGAUGACUGAGUUUACUCAGUUUAAUGUAUACGUAGUAUAACCCUUUAUUUUUAUCUG